UUGGCUUUUAAAUUGCCUCAAUCAUUAUGCAAAGAAUACAAGUAGCAUACUAUUGUCAAUUAUCAAGAACUAAACAGAAAUGAAGAAUACUCAACAGCUUUCAAGUGUAGAUUAUGGGGGUUCUCUCCCAGUUGAGUGUGUUCAAGAUCUUGCUUCAAAGAACCAGACCAAAAUUCCACCUCGCUAUCUCCGGCCUGAAGUUGAGCUCAAACCAGUUUCUGUACUAGAAUCAUUUGAGUUUCCAGUAAUUGAUAUGACCAAAUUGAUGAUUGGUGACAAUCAACACCAAUGGCAUCAUGAUGAAUUGGCAAAACUUCAUUUAGCUUGUAAAGGAUGGGGAUUCUUUCAGUUAAUCAAUCAUGGGGUUUCAGAGGAAGUCAUUCAAAAAAUGAAGAAUGACAUAGAAGAAUUCUUCAAACUGCCAUUAGUGACUAAAAAAGCUUAUGCACAGCAGCCAAAUAGUAUUGAAGGCUAUGGCCAAGCUUAUGUUCAGUCUGAACACCAAAAGCUUGAUUGGGGAGACAUGUUAUUCAUUAGAGCUCUUCCUCUCUCACACAGAAAUAUGAGAUGUUGGCCUAUGCAACCUAUUUCUUUUAGGUAUAUAAAACUUAAUCUUCACUAUUUCCCUAAUAUAGACACAAUUAAAAUUGUAACCUUUACUAAAAUUUUCAGAGAAAAUCUGGAUAAUUACUCAAGGGAAGUGCAGAAAGUUGCAGUUUGUGUAAUGAAAUUCAUGUCUAGGAACCUGGGGCUGAAUUCUGAGACACUAGCUAGUAAAUUUGAGGAUGGAAGACAAGGGAUGAGAAUUAAUUACUACCCACCUUGUGUUGAAGCUGACAAAGUAAUUGGUCUCACUCCACAUUCUGAUGCCACUGGAUUGACUCUGCUACUCCAAGUAAAUGAUGUACAAGGUUUGCAGAUCAAGAAAAAUGGGAAAUGGAUAGUUGUGAAACCUGUCCCAGGUGCAUUCAUAGUCAACAUUGGUGACAUCAUUGAGAUAAUGAGCAAUGGGGAGUACAAGAGCACUGAGCACAGGGCUGUAGUGAACCCAGAGAAGAAACGUAUUUCCAUUGCUGCAUUUCAUGGUCCAAAUAUUAAAGGCAAUAUUGGCCCUUUACCAGAUGUAGUGAAAAAGAGUAAGGCUAUGUAUAAAACUAUUAGCUCAGAGGAUUAUCUCAGAUUUAUUGUCAAUAACAAGCUUGAUGGUAAGAGCCGACUUGAUCAUCUAAAGUUGGAGUAAUAGCUCAGAUCUCACAACCAAAAUAAUAAGAAGAAAAGAAGAGAAGAAGCUAUCUGUAUAAUUUUAAUUAUUGUGACAUGAUCAUCACAUUUUCUCUUCUGCUUCAAUGUUCUUAGUUGAAUUUGUUACCACUGAAAAUCUCAGAAAUGAAUAAAAACAACCACCUGCUUAUUUCCCAGAAAAAAAAAAAACCAUCUGCUUGAUUUUCUAUCACUUAUUUCUGUCACUUUCUCCACAUCCCUAGUUAUCUUACCCUUAUUUAUAACAAAUAUAAUUCUGUGACAUUUUUCAUCAAAUUUUACUAUUUAAUAUAUGGUUUAAUUUUCACUUAAUAGCUUAUUAAAAAAAAUAUAAAAAUAUAAGAAUAUAAAAAUAAAUAUAUAAAAUUUAAUAAUAAUAAUAAUAUCAGUUAGUGCAAAAGAAUAAAUUAAUUAAAAUUUAAUAAUAAAAUAUUGAAAAUAAAUAGAAAAAUGUUAUAUUACAAUUUAAAUUUGAAUCACUUUUUCUUAUAUUUGCAAUCACAAUUAUAAUUUGCAGAUCUUCAAUGGAGAUGCUCUAUCCUUAGUUUUGUCAUUCUGUUUAUUUGAAAGA